AUGGCUACUCUACAAGGCUCUGGCAUUCCCAAGGUCAAAAUCGAAGGCGCUCCAGACCAGACCAUCAAGCCAGAGCCUACAGAUGAUACACCUUCACCAUACGUCGACGAUGAUGAGGACAUGUAUGAGGAGACGGGCGAUCUUGACUUUUCUCAAGCACAACAACAGCUGUGGUUGAGUCACAUACCCAGAUCUCUGUGGGAAGCUAUUUCCAACCUCAAUGAUGAAGACGAGGUCGAGAUCGGUACCAUCAGAGUCGAAGGCCCAGAGUCCAACCCGUCAAGGGUGAGCUUGAUGCUGAACAAUUUACCUCAGUUCGAAGAUGAGCCUAAAGAGUACAAUCUUUCCCUUCCUCCCAUCGAGAAAGUCAGAAGUCGAAGGCCAGGCCAAGCGUUGGUUUUUACAGAGAAGGAUCUACCCGGUUACAAAGCGAGGCCAUUCACGUGGGACGACUUGGACGAGGAUGGGAAUCCGGCGCAGGGGCGAUCAUAUUUGUACGAGAACCACAAGCGUCAGAUCAAAAAGAAAGAGAACAAGGGCCGGUACACUCCAUAUGCGCGACGACCUAUUCCCAAGCAGACUGCCAUCACAGGCACCGUGGCAAAGGAGUUUGAAGUGGUUCCUGUCAAAAAUGACGAGUACUAUGUACUUGAGAGCAAACAGGCUCAGGAACUACUGAAAAUUCCCGAUCGAGAACACGCCAUCUUCGCAAGUGGUGACCAAGAUCCUUCGAAGAAACACCUGCCGUUCAUGACCCAAUCGGACAAAGCAAACGCUCUUAAGAAUGCACAAGCCAGGCGACAAGCGCAGAAGGAGACGCGCGCGGCACGCGUCGAGAAACACGUCCUCAUCGACAAACUCCUGGAAAUGUUCCGGCAGCACCGUAUCUGGGGUCUACGCGACCUCAAAGCCCGCGUCAACCAACCGGAAGCUUACCUCCGACAAACACUCGAUGAAGUAGCGUUCAUGUGGAGGGCAGGCGACUUCAACGGCAAAUGGGAGCUGAAAGCCGAGUUCAAGCAGAACGAUGAGGAGCUGUUGAACCCCAAGGGCGUCGAGGUUGCGCCGGAGGUGAAAGGCGGCGAUUCGGACAUGGAAAUGGACAAGUCCGGCGCUGACGAUGACGAUGACGACGAUGUCUUCGAGGACGUCGAUCAAAAACCCUAG